AUGACCUCAAAACACCUCUCGCUGAAGGAGGCCUGCGAACAGUUUGAAUCCCUAAUCAAUCGGGUGAAGCAACGGGAGCAAUUCAUUGACUGGAUUCAUAACACAUACUGUGAAGGAGAAGACUCAGCCAAGCCUCUCUUUGUUACAGAAGCUAUCGACAAACUUCGAGAGAUCGCUGACCAUAUUAGAAUAAGGGUACCGGAUGGUACAGUCAAAUCAGAGAAAAUUAAUUGGCCCACAAGUGGGCACGAUGCAGACUGUGAGGAGAGAAAUACUGUCCAUGUCGAUUGCUUCCUUUACGACGACCACGCUUUGGAAGGGAUGAUGAAAACAGGCAAACUUCAAAGGAGGUAUUGUGUUGACUGCGGCUCAAAGAAUAUAAAGGAUCUUAAUUUUAUUAGUCAUAGCAUGGCUCAUUGUCAGUUAGAGUUUAUGUUUACUCAACUUGUUCCUCUAAAAUCUCAAGUGGAAGGUUUUCGGGUGCUAGAUAUUGGUUCACGCCUAGGUGCUGUCAUUUUCGCAGCUUCCUUAUAUGGAUGCGGGCGAGUGACUGUCACUGGGGUGGAAAUAAAUGAGGAGUUUAUUAAAUUGCAGGAAGAUGUAAUACGAAAAUUUUCUCUUCAGAAUAUCGAAGUUGUUCAUGCUGAUAUUCGUAAUAAAGAGGAUCUAGUUUCCCAAGCGGAUAUGAUAAUAAUGAACAAUGUAUUCUCGUUUUUCAUGAAUUUGGACGAACAGGCCUCCUGUUUUGAAUUCAUUCACAAGUAUGCAAAAAAGGGUUGCUUUAUCAUCCACAAUCCUGAGAUAGAAACUGUCUUUGCACACCUGAAAUUGCCGUUUACAACAAAAGAAUGGCUACAACGAAUUUCGACUGAAGACGAUUGCGAUAUGUUUGCGAAUGGAGACAAGGAUGUGCUGUCGGAUUGCAAAAUGUUGGGUUUCUAUCGUGUCCGGUAG